AUGGAAUCACAUAGCAAGCCGACGACAGGAGAUGCAAGUGAUCUUGUCCUGGGAUAUGCCUACCUGUCCCCAUUUCGUGAGCACCUUGUCUCCUACGCACCGACCGUGGAGCAGAGUCUCUUUGUGCAUCCGCAGUAUCAUUCUCGAUCAAUCGGGACCGGCUUGCUUAAUGCGCCUUUUCGAUUAGUGGAUGCGGGGCAGGUACACCAUAGUUGCUCCGUGGCUGGCCGUGACGAACUGGGUGGGCCAGGUAUCAGCUCGGGCACGCGAGUUCGGAAUAUUAUCGCCGGGGUGGCCGUUGAUCCAGAGGGCGAACAGGGUGGUGAGGCGCUACGGAGAUGGUACGAAAAAUGUUUGCUUGUCGAGGUGGGUCGUUCACAUCGAGUGGGCUUCAAAAGGGGCAAUUGGGAGGUCUUCGAGAUCCAAGUCAGCAUCCCACAGUAG